GUCAUACGGACGUGGCCGGUCGGCUAGUAUCGUCGACGACUUUGGUGCUGGAUCCCAGAGUCUCGGCGCACAGCGCCUACAAGGCGCAACUUUCGGUAGUUCUCCGAGCAAGAAUAUUGGCAACGUUUAAGACGAGUGAGUUGAAACUCGAUCUCUUCGUUUUCUACACCCCAAUUUAUAAGAGUUGAAAUAUCUCAUCUACUUCAUUUUUUUUCUAUAACCUAUACAUAGUUGUACCUAAGUACUUGCAUUCUAGAACCUUAAGCUAUUUUUAGAUGAUCUGACAGAGCGUUGAAAUAUAUUGUCAUCUCUGCAACCUACUUGUAGAUUUAAGUAUUGAAGCUACUAUAUAUAUAAUAUGUGGGUGAUCAUGAAAAUGAAAAGAGCAGGUACAACUAGAGGUCUACUGCUCAACAACCGAACCUUUUUUAAGUUUCACCGAACACGACGGUCAACGUCACCGCUCCGACAUCCGCCUCCGGAGCGUCAGGGGUACUUCAUCCAGGGACAUCAGGAUCGGGAUCCGGGACAGCAGGA